CAACAGGGGAAAAACAGCAACAGGGGCUAAACAGAGGGGGGAAAUAUUAUAAAUCUUUCUCCCAAAAUCAGUAAUUUAAUCGCCGCUUUGAUUGGCAAGUUUUUAGGAAGGUCCCGGUUUCUUUAUUUUUUAAGGAGUUUUUCCCACUCUGUUCGGUGUGAGGCUGUGUGGGGAUGGAUGAGAUGCGGCCUAGCAGCGGAACAGCAGCGCACCUCGGCCUCGCCUCGCUCUUCCCCCCGGGACUGCAGGCCAUUUACGGGGAAUGCAGACGCAUGUACCCCGACCAGGCAAAUCCGCUGCAAGUCACAGCCAUUGUGAAGUACUGGCUGGGAGGUCCAGAUCCUCUGGACUACAUUAGUAUGUACAGAAACGUGGGCUGUCCUGGACAGAACAUACCAGAACAUUGGCACUACGUCAGCCUUGGUCUCAGUGACCUGUACGGAGACAACAGAGUUCAUGAAUUCACAGGUCAAGAGGGCCCAAGCGGAUUUGGUUUUGAGCUCACAUUUCGCCUGAAGAGAGAAGCAGGAGAGACUGCACCCCCCACAUGGCCAGCUGAGCUCAUGCAAGGCUUGUCUAGAUACGUGUUUCAAUCAGAAAACACCUUCUGCAGUGGUGAUCACAUUUCAUGGCACAGCCCAUUGGACAACAGUGAAUCUAGAAUUCAACACAUGCUACUCACAGAAGACCCCCAGAUGCAGCCAGUGCACACCCCUUUCGGUCAUGUCAGCUUCCUUCAGAUUGUAGGCGUUUGCACAGAAGAGCUGCAGGCAGCACAGCAGUGGAACGGUCAGGGCAUUUUGGACUUACUAAGGGGGGUACACAUUGCUGGAGGUCCGUGGUUAAUCACUGACAUGAGAAGAGGUGAAACCAUAUUCGACAUUGAUCCACACUUGCAACAGGAACGAGUGGAUAAGGGUAUUGAGACGGAAGGUUCUAACCUGAGCGGCGUCAGUGCCAAGUGUGCCUGGGAUGACUUGAGCCGACCUCCUGAGGACGAGGAUGACAGCAGGAGUAUUUGCAUUGGGUCACAGCCACGCAGGCUGUCUGACAAAGACACUGAACAGAUUAGAGAGGCCCUGCGGAAAGGACUGGAGAUUAAUAGCAAGUCUGUCCUGCCUCCCAUCAGCGGUCAGAGACAUGGCGGUCAUGAUCGGCCACAACAAUCAGUUGGACAUUUGCAGACCCAGCAGAACUCAAGAAGUCGUAAGGAUAGCCUGGAGAGCGAGAGUUCAGCUGCUAUUGUUCCCCAUGAGCUUGUGCGAACGCGACAGCUGGAAAGUGUGCACCUAAAGUUUAACCAGGAGUCUGGAACUCUACUUCCACUGUGCCUCAGAGGUCGGCUGCUUCAUGGUAGACAUUUCACAUACAAAAGCAUUAAUGGAGACACAGCAAUCACGUUUGUGUCCACUGGGGUAGAAGGGGCCUUUGCCACAGAAGAGCAUCCGUAUGCAGCACACGGACCGUGGCUACAGAUAUUACUUACAGAGGAAUUUGUAGAGCAGAUGCUAGCUGAGCUUCAGGAUUUGAGCUCCUGUGAAUCUAAACUGCCGAAGGAAUACAGCUGGCCAGAUAAGAAGCUAAAGAUCUCUGUCCUACCAGACUCUGUGUUCGAAAGCCCACUUCAGUAAGACAUGGGAGCUGACUGUCCCUGAUUAUAGACAGACAUCUCUAAUAACAAGCUCAACUCCAGAGCUCACAUGCCUACAGACAGAAGGAAACACAUUCAGACAUUUUCCCUCUUCAAAGAACACUGUAAAUGAUGGCACACGAUGAAGUAUUUUGGUUUGAAUUGUGUCCAUUAUACCUAUUAUUUUGAAUUUAUCUAUUGACUUGUGCCGUUUCUAAAUAUAUGCUGGGUUUUAUUUUUAUUCCCCCUUGUUUUUGAUCGUGUAAUAUUUUAUAAGACUGUCCCUGCUAAAUCCUGCGAAGGAAAGCAUUUUAAAGAAUAAUAUUUAUCUAAAAAUUCUGUCUUUACUCAAGAUAAAAUACAAUAGUGCCUAAUUCAAGUUGAUGAUCUAUGGGUAGAGAUAAAGCCUCUUUGUUUAAUUUGACAAACAAAAAGUGGUCGGUUAGUCCAAUAACACAAUGCCAAAGUUUGUAUAUUAAUAAUGGUGUUUGCUAAACCACAUGUAAUAUAAGAAGUAGGAAAUUAUUUCAUGUUAUUUCCUUUCUUUUAUAUUUUUUUAGUGUUUUACAUGUAUUGGAUUUCAUUUUCUUUAAGACUGUAUGAUUGCAUUCCAAGCCUCUUUGUAGGGACUCAAGCUAACCGGUUCCUAAACAUCAGUCUAUUUUUGCAGAAUGUGCAUUUGCUAUUUUUGAAAUAUGUGCUGAAUAGGUCAAUGUAAAAAAGAACCCUUUAUUAGUGCUUUAUAAAAUAUGAUUUUAAUUAGUGUACUGUCAUUUUUUUAUAUUCAGGAGAAUCACUACACUGCCUGUGGUUUUGUUAUUCUUAAGUGCAUUAAAGUUAUUUACAUAA